UCUUACCAAACGCCUGGUAAGGGUGGUGGUUUGUGACACUUUUGAUUUGCCAUAAUGAAUGGGGUGGCUGGAUUUGGUGGAGGUUUCUGUGUUCAUACAUUGCGUGUAAUCGUGUAGCAGCGUUGCUGGUUACCGUGGCAACGAGACAGUUGUGACAACGGUCGAAACGGUGGCGCCGGACUCUCUAGUUGUUUAUGGUUUUCUGCUGUUAAAGAUGGAAGAUUUUGAUCGACCCCAAAGCAGCCGACAGGCAGAAGCGUCCAAGGCUUUUCUAAUGAAGAACAGUUCAAACAGCAAUAUGAAUCUCUAUGAUCAUCUGACACAGCUCCUUACCAAAGUGAUGGAUGAGCAUCCCAACAAUGCGGUGGAUGUCUUUGAGGAAAUGAGCUAUGAAGUAAAACGAGCUUCACUGAACAGCAUGCAGAGCAACCUGCGAGAUCUUCCACAACUGACAGCUACUGAGCUGCUGGCAGAGCAGCAAAGGUCAUUGUUUUUACAGUCAGACAAUGAACCCCUUGAAGAUGAAACGGGAAAACCUGUUCUUCCUAAUGUGAGUGAGAUCAGUUUCUAUCUGGAGCAGGCUGAAGUGGGUUUGGGAAGAGAGGAGAUGCAGAGGAUUUUCCUUGCACUGAAAAAACUUGUUGAUUCAGAGCGACUGACACAUUGCCGGUUCUGGGGAAAAAUCUUGGGGAUAGAGAACAACUACAUUGUUGCAGAGGCGGAGAACAGAGAGGGAGAAGAGAAGGACCACUAUACCAUUGAAGAUGAACUUAAGGAACAGAUAAAGGAGCCUGAAAGUCUGGAGAAAGAACCAUUUGAGGGAAGUCCAUUUCCUCAUUCAGCUCAUAAACCCCAGCAUGAGGUACCAAAGGAAGCCAUUGGAAUAGGUGCUAACAAAUUUGCUUACUAUGUGUGCAAAGAACCAGGUCUUCCUUGGGUAAAGAUCCCUUCAGUUACUCCUGCACAGAUCACCAUUGCUCGCCAGAUCCGCAAAUUCUUUACCGGAAAUCUGGACAAAUCGGUUGUAAGCUACCCACCUUUCCCUGGAAAUGAGGCCAAUUAUCUGAGAGCACAGAUUGCUCGGAUCUCUGCUGCCACACAGGUCAGCCCCUAUGGCUUCUACCAAACUGUCGGGGAUGAGGGUGAAGAGGAACAGGAGCUAUAUUGGGCUAGCAUUGAGGUCAAUCCUGAUUUUGAGGGCGUUCCAGUACGUGAACUGGCAGAAUCAUUGAAAGUAUGGGUACAUCAUCGCCAACACAUCUUGCAACAGGGCCGCUGUACCUGGGAGAACAUGGCUGAAAAAACUGGUGAAGACACUAAUGAGGAGACAGAAGAUGAGAGGGAAGAAGAGCUUGAUGAGCCAGAAGUUGGACCUCGUCUGCUGAAUCCUCUGUCUCUAGAUGCAG